GUUUUCGCUGAUGCAACAUGGCGUUUGGACGGAAACUCCUGGUUGUAGCAGCGCUGAUGGUGGCUGGCGCAAUGGCAGACCACCUGAGUGACUUCUUCUUACGUCACCACCGGUCCAUUUCCGGUCACAACGUGAAGACGUACUGCGGGGUGGACCCAGAAUACUGUGCGCGCCACUGUAAGAUAGACAAGGGUUACAACUGCCGGUCAUUCGACUACAACACCGGAAGCAGAUGCUGUUAUAUGAAUGACGAAAGCUCGGCUACUGCUCCAACCAACUACGUCAGAACCAUCGGGACGGAUUACUACGAGAUCAAAGCAGGCCGUGCGCUGGACCUGUACUCGUUCACAGCGAACAGGAGGCUGCAGGGAGUGGCGAACAUUAUCAAGUGCGGCAUGAGACCGGAGGACUGCGCGCAGUGGUGUAUGAAGGAGGCUUCCUUCACAUGCAUGUCGUUUGACUACGACACGGAGUUCAGCUGCUGCUACCUGAGUGAGGAGACACGACAGACCAUGCCAUCCAGCAGCUUCGUCUCGUCUACAUCUCACGACUACUACGAGUUCAGAUCAGGAGCGGCCACCGGUUAUUUUGACCGCGCCCCGGGCCACAGUCUGACCAACAACAACGACCUGAUCCUCUGCAACAUCGAGCCGGAAGGCUGCGCGCUGAGGUGCCUUCAGGAGACUAACUUCGACUGCAGGUCGUUCGACUACGGCUCUUCAUUUAGGUGA